AGAUAUGGAUGUGGAUAUACUUGUCAUUUUAUAUCGAAUCAUGCAUCAAAGUUUUCUCUUUGAUUGUGGUUGGACUUAUGGACUUGGAUUUUAGAUGCUUGUGGUUGUGGUAACUUCAUGUUGUUGUUGAUGUAGCGGUUUUUAACUAAUGCGGACAAAGUUUUUUUCUUUGGUUGAUGAAUAGGGUUGGUCAAAGAAGAAAGAUUGGCGAAAUUGUGAUACAGAUUAGUGACAGUUGUUAAAAUGGCGUCAUUCAAAUUAUUGGAAUAUAUAUAAUAGACAGCUUGCAAAAUUUGAUGAUGUUGAUGGAAAUGGAACACAUUUCGUUCUUAUUCAGUCAUCAACCACUCUCACUUUAUUGCCACUGCAUUUCAAGAUUCUUUUUUUAGAUUUUUACUCAGAAAAUGGUUUCCUUUAGAAGCAUCUUGUUUGGUAGAUCAUAGCUGUUUUUGAAUCACUGGAAAAGCAGCCCCCAAGAAGUUCUGGAGUUUUAAGGCGGAGGAAUCACUAUCCUGGGAAGUAGGUAUUGAUGGUGGCUACAUACUCUAGGAGCUGAGAAUUGUGUUGCACCAAAGGCAGCUUGCUAAGGUUAGUUUAUGCUAUCAUUCCCCCUGUCACAGCUUCUACAUUAAAUUGAUAUUUGAGGGAAUUUGAAACCAUGAAAGAAAUUGAGAAGAGAAAAACUGCAAGGAAUAGUGAGACCAAGAGUUCGAGAAGAACAGUAAGGAAAGAGAAUAUAUUGCAAGAUAAUUCAUCCAAAACAUUAAGCGAAAAAGGAACAGAAUCUAAGGCACCCCUGGCUAGACAAACCGCAAAAAGUUUUACAAGUGAUUCAAACACGGUCUCAGAGAAUUCGGAGACUUAUGAAAACAUGGUUAUACAUUAUGUGGAUGAUGUUAACAGGUCUGAGGAGGUACCUGUUGAGAUGAAAGUUAAUGAAAUGGUAGCUAGUGAAAGCAAAAUUAAAGUAGUUGAUGGUCAUUCCAGCGAUAUGGAGAAAGAGCGAAAUGAUGGGAAUGAAGAAGUGUCAGAUACGGAGACAGUAAAGGAUUCAGUAUCAUCACAAGGUGAUUCUUUCACAAAUGAGGAUGAUGAAAAUUCUGAAAAAGCUUCUAAAGAUCCCAAAAGUAAGGUUAGAGUAGCUCCUAUAGAAGGCAAUCGUCGAUUAAGGGAGAGAUCUGAUAGAAAAACUAAUAAACAAGCAGCAAAGGUAUCCAAUGGUAAUCAAAAGAAACCUAUCAACUCAAAUAAAGGGCCUUCUAGAGUUACCAACAAAAACACUCCUUCAACCAAUUCCAAGGCUGUGAAAGCUCCUGCAAAACUUUCGUCAGAAUUGUCUGAUGGAAAUGGAAUUGAUGAAAAAUCUGUUCAUGUGGUCAAGGAAAUUGAUAUUGUGGAUGGAUCCUCAAAUGGUGCUCAGAGUGUAGGAAGUGAAGAUGAAAGUAAUGAAACAGUUGAUGUUGAAGUAAAAGUUGAGCAUGAAGAUAAUGCAGCCAUGCAAUCAAAAAUUGAGGAAAUGGAAGUGCGAAUUGAAAAGCUAGAAGAGGAACUAAGAGAAGUUGCUGCACUUGAGGUGUCACUUUAUUCUGUGGUACCAGAGCAUGGGAGCUCAGCGCACAAGGUGCACACACCUGCUCGUCGCCUUUCUAGGUUAUAUAUACAUGCUUGUAAGCAUUGGACCCAAGACCGGCGGGCGACAAUUGCCAAGAAUACUGUUUCUGGCCUUAUUUUGGUGGCCAAAUCUUGUGGUAAUGAUGUUUCAAGGUUAACUUACUGGUUGUCAAAUACUGUUGUGCUGAGAGAGAUACUUUCACAAGCCUUUGGGAGCUCAUUUCAAACUAGCCACCUUGUGAGGUUAGCCGAGUCAAAUGGGAAGUCGACAGCACUGAAAUGGAAAGGUGGCUCCAUUGGCAAACAAGGAAAGGGCUUUGUGAAGUUUGUUGAAGAUUGGCAAGAGACAGGAACAUUCGGAUCUGCACUAGAAAGAGUAGAAUCAUGGAUAUUCUCUCGGCUAGUGGAAUCAGUGUGGUGGCAGGCCUUGACUCCUUAUAUGCAGUCUCCAGUUGGAGACUCGUCAAAUAAGUUCAUUGGGAGGCUUUGGGGACCUUCCCUAGGUGAUCAGAAGCAAGGGAGCUUUUCCAUGAAUCUAUGGAGAAAUGCUUUUCAAGAUGCUUUUCAGCGGCUCUGUCCUGUUCGAGCAGGAGGUCAUGAGUGUGGUUGUUUGCCUGUUUUGGCUAGAAUGGUCAUGGAACAGUGCAUAGCUAGACUAGAUGUAGCAAUGUUCAAUGCAAUUCUUCGGGAGUCAGCACUUGAGAUCCCAACUGAUCCUGUAUCAGAUCCUAUUGUGGAUUCGAAGGUUUUGCCAAUUCCCGCAGGAGAUUUGAGCUUUGGUUCUGGUGCACAGCUGAAAAAUUCUGUUGGCAAUUGGUCUCGAUGGCUUACUGAUAUGUUCGGCAUGGAUGUUGAAGAUUGUCUGCAAGAUCAGGAGAAUGGUGAGAACGAUGAGAGCAGGGACAACGAUAGCAAACCUAAAUCUUUUCUUCUCCUUAACGAUUUGAGUGACCUUCUAAUGCUCCCAAAGGAUAUGCUUAUGGAUAAACAAGUCAGACGAGAGGUAUGUCCAUCCAUCACCCUUUCGUUGAUUAUACGGGUGCUCUGCAACUUCACUCCUGAUGAGUUCUGUCCAGAUCCUGUUCCAGGAAUUGUGCUGGAAUCUCUGCAUGAGGAGUUUAUGGCGGAGAGGAAGUUGUCACCAGAAUCUGCUAGGAGUUUCCCGUAUGCGGCUGCUCCUGUUUUCUACGUUCCUCCCUCCUCGGCUAACGUGGCGGAGAAAGUUGCAGAGGCCGGAGGAAAGUCUCACCUAGAGAGGAAUGCCUCAGCCGUUCAGAAGAGAGGAUAUACCAGUGAUGAAGAACUGGAGGAACUUGAUUCCCCUCUUACAUCCAUCAUUGAUAAGAUGCCUUCAUCUCCUACAGUUACUGCUAAUGGAGAAGGCCAUCACAACGAGCAAGGAAGUAUCACAAAUGUUAGAUAUCAACUCCUUCGAGAAGUCUGGUCCAAGUGAAAUCCUGCAUUCAUACUUUCUGUGUUUCCAUCAAGUGGUAAAGUGAAUAUGUAAGAUAUAGGUGCAAUCAAUUGUUGAUUGAGGAGAGAAACAAAUGAGAAAGAUUCAAGAUAAUUUUAGAAUCUUGGGUAAUAGUGAAGCAUGAGUUUGCAGUUUGUGUAUAUAAAGGAGAAGUUGGUAUAGCACAACAUUUGAGGAUUUGAUUUGUUCUGUUGUUUAAGUGUCUAUGAUCUAUUUGUAACAGAAAUUGUAAUGUUGAUUUAUUACUAUGAAAGUAUUCAAGCAUCUAUUACAAUA